AUUGAUAUUCAUAUACAUUUAUCUAUUAUUAUUUUUAUGAUAAAAAUACUUAUUGAACUUUCGUCUUCUUUCUUUUUCAGUAAAAUUGUUACCGCUUAUAUGUGUGCUUGUGGCUGUAUGUGUACCUUCUGUCAUAACUCAGGGAAAAUUUGUAUGUCCUGAAGGUGACCUAGAUAGCCACAGCUACGAUGUCAAAGAAUUUGACUUCUUAUCUAAGUUCAAUGUACCUAAAUUGAAGAAAGAGAGCAGCUAUGGAGAAUAUGGAACUGCUUAUACUAUCACGAAAAAACAAAUUCUGAAAGAUGAGAAAAAUUGGAAUCUUUUUGCAAAUCAGCUUCCGAACAAUUUUGUUUUUAUAACAAUAUAUCAGAACAAUCAGCGUAAAAGAAUCUGGAACUUAUUCAAUAUUAGCGACAGUGGUGGACUCUCCCACCUUGCGUUACAAGUAAAUGGAAAAGCUAAAGAAUUUUCAUUGGUCUAUAAAAACCAGGACAGAGAAGAAAAACGUGUUAUCUUCAAUAAAAAUGUUACAAAACAGGCGUUAAAGGGAAAAGUUUGGCACAAGAUAUAUCUAAGUUUAGUGAGGACUGAACGUUUAAAUAAUGAAGGGUUCAUGGAAGACGUCGAUGUUGUUACAGUUAAUAUUGAUUGUGAAUACACGGACAAACAUACACUGGAUCGGAUCCGAGAGGAAUACAUUGAUCUAAGUGGUUAUACAUCGAUAGCAAAAGACAUUAAUGGAAAAUCUCAAAGGAUGAAAAUUUCAUGGAUGUUGUUUCAUUGUAAUCCAAAUAUCAAGAGGGACUGUCAGGAAAUCAAGAGGGCGAAUAAAUACAAGGGAACGCAAGAACUGGAAAAACCUCCAAAAGAUAAGCAGAGCAGUAAACGUCGAGGGGACCAGCCAAAUGAAAGUGAAUGCUCAUCAAUAACAUGCCCAGCUGGUGCUCCAGGUCUUCCAGGGGAAACGGGACCCAUUGGACCACAGGGACCGGAAGGAGCUCCUGGACUUCCAGGAGCCGAUGGACAAGCCGGAAUUCCAGGAAAACCAGGGACAUCAGGAAAAAGCGGAAAGGAUGGAACGCCAGGUCAGCCAGGACAACCAGGGUUGCCAGGAGCUCCCGGAGAGAGGGGUUACCAAGGUGAAGAUGGUUUACCAGGUAUUGAUGGAAUUCCGGGGAAAAGGGGACCACAAGGAGAAUCUGGUAUUCCAGGCGAACAAGGUCUUCCAGGGAAAAGAGGUGAGAGGGGAGAUCCUGGUAGGGAUGGAGAACGAGGAGAACCUGGUAUUCCUGGUGAAAGUGUGAUGGGAUCCCCCGGACCACGUGGUCCUGCCGGAGAACCCGGAACACCAGGAUAUGACGGCAAUCCUGGACAACAUGGUCAGGAUGGAUUACCGGGAGUGAAGGGCGAGAAGGGAGAUUCUGGACAAAAAGGAGAUAGGGGUGUUCCUGGUACACCGGGACGUGAUGGCAGUGCUGGCAUUCAAGGUAUCCAAGGACCCCCGGGACCUCCCGGUCCUCAGGCUGUCGUCUCUAACGAAAUUCAAGAAGAAAUUAAACAGAUCCCAGGACCUGCUGGACCACAAGGACCACAGGGAUUACAAGGACCUUCAGGAAUUGCUGGAGAACCAGGAGUUCCAGGUGAGCCUGGAUCGCCAGGAGAAAGGGGAUUGACGGGAGAGAGAGGACCACAGGGCAGAGAUGGCACCGAUGGACUUCCGGGUCGACCAGGAGAACGAGGACCGGAGGGACCAGCUGGCAUUAAUGGAGAACGAGGAGAACCUGGGCCGAUGGGAUUGCAAGGAAUUCCGGGAGUAAAUGGCGAACCUGGUAAACCGGGUCAACCUGGAGAAAAAGGGGACCGGGGUGAUAGGGGUUUACCAGGCCCACCUGGAGAGGUUUUAACAUUGAGGGAUCUAGAAGAAUCGGUACUUGAGGAAUACAAGCAGCAAUUCCGAGGACCAGCUGGAGCACCAGGGCCACGUGGUAUUCAGGGCUCGCGUGGAGAAGCGGGACAACCUGGUUUAGCCGGACCACCGGGAGAAAACGGAAAGAACGGAGAACCAGGUCCCCCAGGAAGAGAUGGUACUGACGGAGAGCAAGGUCCACCAGGAUUACCCGGAGAGGAAGGGCGACAGGGACCAGAAGGUCCGAGAGGUCCAUCAGGAAAGCGUGGAGACAACGGAACCCCCGGUCAGCCAGGAGCACAGGGGCCAAGGGGCCUUGCCGGUGAAAAGGGUGAACAAGGAUCACGUGGAUCACCUGGAACCGAUGGAAGAGUGGGACCAACAGGCCAACCUGGACAACCCGGCCCUAUGGGCAUGAUGGGACAAGCUGGUCCACCUGGACCACCGGGCCCACCAGGACCAGCUGGAGAAAAGGGAUCGGGCUUGGAGUUUGGUUCGUAUGAUAUACUUGCUCAGAACGGUGGACAAGAGCAGCGCGGUCCCCCUGGGCUGCCGGUAAGUGCCCUGUGUAAAGAGGGCCCUCCUGGACAACCGGGACCAUCUGGGCCCACUGGGAGUGCUGGUUUGUCGGGUCCAAGAGGUUCACCGGGAGAACGCGGACCACAGGGAAGUAAUGGUGCACCAGGAACCCCUGGAAUACCGGGGCCUACAGGUCCACCCGGUCCCACUGGAGAGAGAGGACAACCGGGUUCUCCUGGCAUGCCAGGACUUCCAGGUAGGGGUGUUUCAGACGAAGAGGUUAGACAAAUUUGUUUCCAAAUAUUACGUGAGCAGCUAGAAGAUUUAGUAGCAGACUUGCGUGGACCAGCCGGACCACCAGGUGUUGGUAAACCAGGAAAAUCCGGACCUCCUGGACAGCAGGGUUUCCCAGGUGAACGUGGUGAGCCAGGUCAGCCAGGAGAAAGAGGUUUCAUGGGUAUUCCAGGACUUCCAGGAACCCAGGGACCAGUAGGUCCACCAGGUGAACAAGGAAUGAAAGGAGACCGAGGACCGAGAGGAAGAGGCAAAGAUGGCAUUAUGGGACCACGUGGAAUGCCAGGUAAUCCUGGACCACCUGGAGUUGGUCAAGAAGGUAGACCUGGAGAAAGAGGUCCAUCAGGAUUACCUGGUACCCAUGGUCCAAGAGGUCCACCAGGUUCGCAGGGACCUCCGGGAUAUUGCGAAUAUUGUAAUUUUGCACCAGCAGGAGGACCACAGAUAGUGCGACUACCUGGGAGUAAUGUCAAGGGGCCUUAAAUAUCACAUACCAUAAAGAUAUUACAUUAAACCAAAUCAAAAGACUUGUGAUAAUUCUGAAUGCUUCUUAUUUUCAUUUUAUUUUCAUUUACUUUUCCAUAUAGUUUCAGCAUUAUUACAGUAGGUGCCCGCAUGUCCCUGCUUAAUUCAUUACUUCCCAAGCAUGUUGACCCGUCAAAUUUUCGCUUAGCAUUUCUUUGUUCGACUGCUUUUAAGUAUAAAAGAAAACAACUAUUGUUUUCAGACUGUACAACGUUUUCGGAAGUAAUAAUAAACUAAUAAUGCACAGAGUCUAAACAAAUAAAUAACCCAUUUUUUGUUGCCAAAAUUGCAAAAAAAAAAAGAAUAUUAAACUCAUAAAAUCAAAACGGGCCAGUAUGUUUUGUUAUUUUUUCGUUUUUGUAAGAUAUACUAGGUAGUGUGUCGACUAAUACUAGUUUAUUAUUGUGUAGCAAAUGUCAUGAUGCUUAUUAUAGUAUGCUUUGUUCCAGUGAGUCCCAAUUUUUGUAUUCAAGUUUGGAUUCAAAGUUUAAUUGUGAAUUUUGUUUCUUUGCAUGAACAUUUCAUUCGUUUAUUUACUCUCGUAUAUGUUAUCGUGUGAUUUUUUAUCAUAAUAAGAUUGUAAUAGUAAUUGGAUUUUAAAAUAGUCAUAAGCUUAAAAAUGCUUGUCUUUCUACAAAAAAUCAACAAUUUUGAAAAUGCAUACUUUAAAAUAUAGAAAUAACAUUUUAUUUGCAAAAGCCGCCUGAAAAUGAGAUUUCGAAAAGUUGUUAAGAAAUAGUUUUGCUAUGCUUUCAAGCAUGUAAAAUAUAUACUAGCACACAGAAUAACGUAUUCAAGCAUGAAUCUUGAUAGAAAUAGACAAAGAAAUCAUUUUUCAAUUGCAAACACUACAGUAGCGCAUGUAUAUUUUAUUCCAUUUUUCUGUUGUGCAUGAGCAUGUAUUUUGUUACGAUUUUGAGUUUUCAUUUAGAAAUUUCGAGCAGUUUCAUCACAAGAUCUCUGCUACCUGCAUCUAAUUUGACAGAGCAAUUCUACAUUACCUUAACACUAUGACGAACACUUGUCUUAGUUUAUAGAAGUUUUAAUGAUAGAUUCUGGAACUUUUAGUUUAAGUUCUUAUUGUGAUUAUAAUAUAGUUUAAAGUUUUCAUAACAAAAGUAAAAAGUACAACGUUUUCUGUCGUAUUUAUGAAUAAACAUAAGAAGGACAGAUUUAUUCUUCUUAUCUGAACUUUAAGUUUAUGUAAUAAAUAACUAUAUCAAAUAACUUAUUAUGGUGUUAUCGUUGUAAGGAGGUUGCUCUGUGAGAUUAGCUGCAGAUGUAGACAGGAGAUGAGGUAUUUAUCAGGUCCCUAUGGGCGUCACUUCAGGUUAAGUUCAUGCACAUACGCUCAUUUCAUUUCAUUUGUUGAUUCACUUUUAAGAUUGCACACAGUUAAUUUAAUAUAUAUAUUAUAAAUAUACUUGUAUAUGUUUUUCACAAAUGCCACGGUAUAUGCCAGUAUAGAAUAUGUCAUAUUUAAUGACAUCGCAAAAUAAGCUGCAUAACAAGAAUAUUAAACAGCGUUUGUAAUGUGUAAUUAAUAAUGUUCACUUUUAUAAUAAGCAAUAACAUUCGUAAAAUCGCAUGUAAUGAUUUUUCAAACAAACUUUAUUGUUUCACAGAGCAGUAGACAAUAUGACGAUUACAAUAUUACAUGCUUUAUAGGUAAAAAAUGUCACAUGUAUCGGUAGCAUUUGAUAAAAAUGAUUUGUAUAUAUAUGCAUCGUUUUAAUUUUGAAAUUUGUCUUAUGAGUUUUUUUGUUUUUCAAAAAUUUUUAUGCCAGUAAAUUCUUCUAUUAUUAGCAUAAUGAUAAAGUAUGAGUUUGUAUGUAUAAAAAUGUUGUUUUUGCGUUAAUUACUUAUAUUUCUGCGUGUUUUUAACAACAGUUCUUAAAAUAUGCUGUCAUAUCGUUUUAUACAAAAUUGGAAUUAUUUCGUAGUACAUUCAAAUCAUUAAAAUGUAAUACUUUUUACUUAAAUAGUGUAAUUUCAGGCGCAAUAAAAAUAAGAUAUAUAAAUGUUCUAUUUUUUCAAUUAUUUUAUAAACUAAAUCUAUGAUAUUAGCAAUAUAUAAAAGCCUGAUAUUUUCAACAAAAUCUUUUGAUUGAUAUGGUAGUAACGACAUUUUAUAUUCUUUAGCCUAUCAUUGAUGUACUAUGUAUUUUGAAAGAUAGUUUAAAGAAAGGAAGAUGUAUUUAGAAAUUUGUUUUGGUAUAUUAUGUGUAUCUUUUGUUUUUUAUUUAUAAUAAAUACUAUGAAUAAAUGCACAGCAGGGUAAAUAUGAGAUCUGUAAACAAUACUCAUUAUUUAAAUGGAUUCAUUUGUUGCUUGCUUUACUGUCCUGUAUAUUUGUGUUCUAAAGAUAUUUCAAACUGAACAUCUGUGGAUAUAUUAAAUUCAAAGCUUGUGAUGUUUUCAAUGAAAAUAGUUCAAUAAUGAACAAAGCUUUAUAUGAACACUUUGAUUUAAACAAUAUUAGUUUUAGAUUUUUUACUAAUCUGUAAUUUCGUCGUUUUGAGAAAAAUGUCUGUAAGAAUCUCAAAUAAAGGCUUUUGAUAUUCGUA